CUGUGGGCUCACCUGGACCCCUGCAGUGCAACCUUAACCCCAAAUCCAGAAGCUGCCGGGUCUUCUUACCUGUGAUCUGUGAUCACUUUCACAUCCAGCGGUGCCAUAACUGAACCGAAUGUUGCCAGGACGAGCCCCAUCCGAUCCCCGUUUCUGCUGUUAUCGGCUUGCAUUCGACCCGUCUGCUGCAUAAAGCCAUCACCACACAGACUCAUUCAGGACCCGGCUACUUCCUGCACACUUGUAGUUUGUCUAGCUCAUUUAUUUUAGCUCCUAACUCCAUGGAAAUAACGAUUAUAAGCAAAAACUGAAAUUAAAAAAAGCUAUUUUAGAGUUUAUAAAGACUCGCUGCAUGGAAAGACUGCUGCGGGACUGAAAACCACCAAGUCAUCAGCAUAAAGUGGGGGAUAAAUAACUGUUUCUCACCACAGAAAAGUCUGAGCUUUUCAGAGGAGUGUCCAGCCACGAGGCCAACAGAACAAUUCCCACAUGGACCAGGACUAGAAAGCCCACCUACACACCCGGCGGCUCGCUGUCCCUCACCCUAAAGAGCAGAGUUAUUUUGUCCGUGCAAAUGAACGACUUUCAAAAACUAAAGUCUACCUUAUCCCUCCACAAAAAGUACUACACUUAUUUUAUUUAGCCAAUCCUUGAGCGUAACUAUAGAAAGUCUACCAUAGACCGUGAACAUGUAGUGUAGAGAGAGUACUAACCGUCAUCACCAAGUAUGAAUGAGGAGGGAAUGAAUAACAGACACAUUGGAAGAACUUUCAGCCUCUGGAAAAGCGCAAAUAAAUCAAAUCAAUUAUGAUUUUUAUUAUUAUUAACUGAAUACUCUUUUACAAUAUGAGUAAACAUUAAGUGUACUGCCUUACUUGUAGUAUAGAUAAAGAAUACAUUUAGUAUACUUGUAGUACACUUACAUAGACUACUUUUUGGUGUCCAUUAAUGAACAGAAACAUCCAUCAGAUCGACCAGACCAGGUGCAAACAGAAGCUUUACCAUGAUGUCAUUCAAACAUGCACGUGCCUUUAACGUGUGGUUUACCAGAAAAUUCCUGCCACGCGCCCUCUCACCGUCUACCCCAAUUAUGAAGUCACGCUGCAUCUGCGCAUGCGUAAUUGGGGCUAAGCCCACUGGCAGACCUCAAAAGCAGCCCGCUUCCCACGCAGCUUUCGCUGGAGCCAGGUUGGCUCCUUAACUCCGCCCCCGUAGCUCCGCCCAUUCCGGCUCCGUGGGUGCUUCCCGGCAGACGCUUCCAACCCACCGAAGAGCGCGGAUCCAAAUCUGUCCGCUCCGCGUUUUGGGGCUUGUUUUCACAUUUUUAUGCUCUUUGGACCCCACCUCUUGUUAUUUCAUUGGAUGUGUAAUAUUUUUCCUUUAUCCUCUUAAUUUUUUUCUGCCUCGUCGCCGGGAUUUCUUGAGCGCUCGUGGGUUUUGACGCGCGUCCGCGCUUUGACGCAUUAUGGAUCAUUAUCCUGGAGGUGUUUUCUUCCUUUUAUUCAUCGCCUUUACGGUGACCUGCAGCGAAACAGCGGGUUUCCUCCCUGCACCCACAAACAUUAGAUACGAGUGGCUCGACCCUUUUAUUUUGCAAGUGACCUGGUCUUGGCAAAGACCCGCCGGUCUGCCCCCCGACUGCAAACCUGUGUUCUGGAUUGAAGAUCUGACAAAGAAGCAUGCACAGGUGUCGAUGGAAGGGUCAGUGGAAUGGAAUGUGAGCCGGACCUACAGCCAGCGUUACCUCUCAGAGGACUUGAGAUCCGGUCCGUUGAGUUUCAGCGUGGCGGCGGAGUGCUCCGAUCCCCAACGCAAAAGCCAAGCUGCAAAAAUCACCAUCCAAACAAAGAAGCCCCACGUGCCGAUCGUGGAGAACUUCAAAUGCUUUGAGGACCAGCCAAAGAAAUGCACUUGGAACCCGACUCAGAAACUGAGGAUUCAAUACAGGCAUUGUGGGAGAUUUGAGGAAAAACUGAAGGAGUGCACGCCGAGUGACGAGGAGUACGCCUGUUCCCUGAACGACACGAACGACACUCAAGACGUGUGUGUGGUGGUGGAGACGGACACGCAGAUUUACACCUUCAGAGCUGAGCGCGCCGUGCGCGUGCCGCCGCUACACAUCACAGAGGAUAAAAACAAGCUCCUGCUGACCUGGACGCCAUCAGAGGUCCGAUCAGUUUGGGUGUUUGACCUGUGGUACAAAGAAUGCAAUACAUCCAAGUAUUUGCAAUCAAGCAUCCCCACGCAAAGGAUCUCGUAUGACCCGUGCUGCAUCUACGAGUUUCAUUACCGAGUGUAUGCACCCCCCGAACUCAUUUAUGUAUCCAGCGUCAACAGCUCUGUGCAGACAUACGGUUCUGCAAAAUGUUACAACGCAGGCCUCGUGGCGGCCAUCGUUGUUCCCAUCCUCCUGUUCUUCUGCGUCAUGCUGUCCAUCUACUGCUUCAGAAGGCACAGGGACAUCAUCUGUCCCAACGUCCCGUACCCUUCCAACCUGCUGAAGGAGCUGAUGAACGGAACCAAGGAUCCAUUAAAGCCCACCACUCUGCCCACCCCAAACCAGGAAGAGGUCGACGACGUCCAAAUCUGCCUCGCCAGCGACGGACCGUGUCCGCAGAGCGUCUGACGGGCGGCUCGAUGAAGCCGGACUUUUAAGCGGAUCCCGUUUACAGAGGAACAUCCCAGCGAGGCCUACAGCUUCGUCUUCUGCAGGUCAAGCCCCGCAAGAGGCUCAAUCGCCAUGAUUAGCCUUGAACUUUAACCUCUGGGGACAAAAAAGGGAGGUACUUAGAAAAGUGUGGAUGAAGAGCACGAAAAAGGGAGAACUGCUACGUUGUUGCUGCUACCUUAAAGAAAGGCGGAGCGGAUGCUGGGGUUGGAUGCAGCCGAUUCAUCAUUUCCUGGAAACGCUGGCAGCUGCUCUACGGGCACACGGCAAUGAACGCUGCCGCUCAGUCUGCUGACUUUGGAUUAUCUGCAUUUGGUAAACCUCUGAACGGAACUGCGUUCACUUUCUCUGUGAAGGGGGCUCUGCUGUGAAGUGGCGCCCCCUCCUGGUGGAUUCAGGUGAAAGGUGAAGAGAACGCUGGAGGUUUUGUUCGGGUUUUACAUCUCAGGACUUUAUGACGUUAUCCUCUGGAAUAUAUUAUCUUGGAAAAAGAAGCUGACACUUUCACUUUAUUUCCAGUACUAAGCUAUCUGUAGUGCACGUCUGGAUAUUUUCUGUUGUUCCUCAAAUAUAUGACACAUAUUUCUGCAAUAACUUUUGCAGAUCUUAUUAAGACAUUGUUUCUUUUUUUUAGUCCUGUAUGUUUGACUUCCAGAGUGUGUGGAAGCUGCAGCUUGUGUAAAUAAGUGUUGUUUUUGUGUCCCUGCUGACGGAAGGGAGAAACAGUCAGGAGGACGUGAACCGAGUCGCCUCCACCCUGAAUCUUUGCAUAUUUGUGUUUGCUUUAAGCCUUCCUGAUGUGCAGCUCCAUUACAGAAAAACACCUCUGAAUCCAGCAUUACUGAAACUGUGGCUGGACUACUAAGUUCCAUUUAUUUUUAAGUUUAUUUUUAUGCUUUAUAAUUUAAAAAAAAAACAAAGAAAUUGGGUAUAAAACAUACUUAAUGUGUGACUUUUCAAGGAUUAUCUAAAUGUACUGCUUUUUCCACCCAUUUUCUAGUUUACUUUUAAGUUUUAUUUAAAAAAAAAAGGAAAUUAAGUCUAAAACAUACUUAAUGUAUGACUUUUCAAAGAUUUUUGCGACUCCAAAAAGUCUAAAUUUACUGCUUUUUUUUCUCAUUUUCAAAAUAAAUUAGCUCCUUUUUUAGUGUUUAAUUGUAAAGUUUCUCCAAUUCCUUUUUAGCCAGUUCUUUCUUUCAAAUGUAAGAUUUAUAAAAGGGUUUGUAUCAUAGCAGCCUCUUUACUUUUUCAUAUUUAUAUCCCAAAUGUUUUUUUUUACUAAUGACUCUUAUUUUUUCAUGUUUCUAAAUUUUGUCUCUGUACCCCCCUUCCCCCCCCCAUUCAUGUUUCUGUACAUAAAAAAGUAAACUGCAUCCACUGCUGUCAUGAAAAGGUCAGGAAUCUGUUAACUUUUUAUAUCACAACAACCCAGGAAGUCCUGGUUUUACUCAGAGACACUCAGCAGUUCCACCCAAACGACCCUGUUGCUGCUGAACCCCCCCCCCCUUUGAUGACCCCAGAAUCCUGAACAUGUGCAUUUUCAUUUACUUCUUCCUAAGUGAAAUAAAAAGUAAAAUACGAAAGAUAA